CUCGAACCGGAGGUCAGGCCACGCAGAAUCAUUAGCACAGCAGAUAAAUAUCACCUGGUAUUGGUCAUGAGAAUAAACAAUAAGAAACUAGACUAGCUAUGCCCAUAUAGACGGGGCGUGUGAGAUCAGUUCUGCGAAGAAGAAUCCGAUUUCUAUCGAAAAUCGAAGCCGGGCUAACCAGUGACAACAAAUAGUCGAUCUCGGCGAAGGCCUCCACCACUGGAACCUCCCCCCUGUCUUGCGGUCUGCCCGUAUCUUUCUCGUUGGCUCGCAUCAUCUUUUGUUUCUCAUCCCGCCUGUUCCUUCCUCUGCGUUUUCCUCUUUUUGUUCGCGUUUCAGUCGAUCAGUCUUCAAAAUUCUCCUCCUCCGCCCGUCGUUCUUCAUCCCUUUGUCCCUGUAUCCCUGAAUUCUUGUCCGCUCAUUCAGGUCUUGGACAUGUCGUCAACUCCAACAUUUCGGGGAACCACUAGCCAUCGAACUGUCGGACGAGGCAGGUUGCCUGAUUUCGGAGGUGAUCCGGCAUCUCAUAUCCCACGUCCCCGACACGAGUCUUCGUCAACGAUUACUUCUUCUCAGGCCCCUCAUACCCCGGGCAGUGACAUCGGUAGCUCCACAAUGAGUGCAGCAAGCAGCCGGCAGAGGCAGAACCAGUCGAAGCGAGAUGAGGCUAUCCGAAGGAAGCUGGAGGCGGACCUCAACAAGAAGAGGCACAAUCCAGCAAGAGCGCACCGCGGUCGAAAAGCUCCUCCUGGCACCGUCCUUGCCCUUAAGCCGAGUUCCGCUCUCCAGAUUAAGCCCUCCACCACCAUUUCGGAGGCCGCGCAGUUGAUGGCAGCGAAGAGAGAAGAUUGUGUGCUAGUGACUGACGACGAUGACCGGAUUGCUGGAAUUUUUACCGCCAAGGAUCUUGCUUUUCGGGUGGUGGGACUUGGACUUAAGGCUCGAGAAAUCACUGUUUCCGAGAUCAUGACGAAGAACCCACUGUGUGCGAGGACGGAUACAAGUGCGACCGAUGCGCUCGAUCUGAUGGUUCGAAAGGGAUUCCGGCAUUUGCCUGUUAUGGACGAGAAUCAGGAUAUCUCUGGUGUUCUCGAUAUCACCAAGUGCUUUUACGACGCUAUGGAGAAAUUGGAACGCGCCUACAGUUCGUCCCGGAAGCUAUAUGAUGCUUUGGAAGGUGUUCAGUCAGAACUCGGCUCUAGCCAGCCUCAGCAGAUCAUUCAAUAUGUCGAGGCUCUUCGGUCGAAAAUGUCCGGUCCCACACUUGAAACCGUCUUGGAUGGGAUGCCUCCUACGACAGUUUCCGUCCGAACUACCGUCAAAGAGGCUGCGGCGUUGAUGAAGGAACACCAUACUACUGCCCUACUUGUGCAAGAUCAAGGAUCCAUCACAGGUAUUUUUACCAGCAAAGAUAUUGUCCUUCGCGUGAUUGCCCCGGGACUUGACCCCGCAACAUGUAGUGUUGUCCGUGUUAUGACGCCCCACCCCGACUUUGCUCCCAGUGAUAUGAGUAUCCAGGCUGCGCUUAGGAAGAUGCAUGAUGGACAUUACUUGAACCUGCCUGUGAUGAACGAGGGCGGCGAGAUCGUGGGAAUGGUGGAUGUGCUCAAACUUACAUAUGCCACCUUAGAGCAGAUUAACUCCAUGUCCACUCAAGAUGACGAGGGCCCGGCAUGGAACAAGUUCUGGUUGUCCAUGGACAACGAAUCCGAUUCCAUGGUCUCUGGAAGCCAAACGCAAAGCCAACAGCCACAUACCCCACACCGGUCAAUGAUCAACCCCGAGUCGCCGAAGGCUAGUUUCGACGCACGAGACAGCGUACUCCCGAACGAGUCCGCGUCUCAUAAUGGCGGUGACGAGCACUCCGAAUUCCACCACGGCGGCGAGCUCGCCCCAUUCCCCUUCAAAUUCAAGGCACCCAGCGGUCGUGUACACAGGGUCAACAUCCUCCCCGCUUCCGGAAUCGCUGAGUUGGUGGGCCAUGUUACUGCAAAGCUUGGUCCUGAGGUUGAAGCCGUUGGGGGUGCGGCUAGCUGUGAGGAUGGCACACUUAGCAACACUGGCUACGCUUUAAGUUACGUGGAUAACGAAGGGGAUACCGUUUCUAUCACUACUGAUCAGGAUCUUGCCGAUGCUGUGACUAUUGCUCGCCACGCUCGUCGAGACAAGGUAGAUCUGUUCGUUCACGAUCCUGCUCAACCUCCCGUUAUCCCUGCUCCUGAGCCUCUUACCGUCAAAUCUGCUGAGGUCAAAACCCCUCCUAUCUCUGACGAUCAGUCUUCCGAAGAACUGUCUGCUCCCAAGCCGCGAACGCACCAACCGUACCCCUCCCAUGGUCCGGAAGAGCAAUUAAUUGCUGGCGUUCCCAAUGACCUGCUGCUCCCUGGGGCGAUUGUGACCCUGGCCGCUGUCAUUGCCGGAGUAUUCGUUCUGAGCCGCGCUACCUCGCGGUAAUUGGCAUUUUGGAUUCUUUUUCACAAGGUUAGAAUUGUGCAUCUAUCAUUUGUUAAUCAUUUCUUGUACACCCCAAUAGCGCGUUUGUAUGCCCAUUUUGUCCAUCUCCGCUACUUUUUGGCAGUUUCCGUGUCCUCUGGCUACUGUGGCUUGGGUAAUUGUAUGAAUUAGUAGCAAUAUAUUAGGUAGAUAUAUUAUAAUUCUUUUUAAAUCAAAAGCAAGCUGGCU